CGUAGGCUCUCAGUGGCAGAUAAUAAUAGCUUUCGAGCUCCCUUUUGCGAUAGCUCCCUGCACUAGUUGAACAAUAUUGCCAUAUGACUAAAGUAUACGGAUACAUAUCUGACAUAUCAGACUAACAACUUUCAUCAUGGCUACGAAUUCAAGCACUCAGGAGGAUAGCCUUCAGACCUCUUCUCCAAGCCCAUCUCCAGAUCCAACCUCCAAGCAGGACGAUCUCGACCCUCCAACCACCUCCGCAACAGCAACAGCACCACCUUACUCCCCAAUCUACGCCACCGCCGAACCAGCCAGUAUGCCCUCGCAAUCCGCCCCAGCACCAACCGACCCCCCAACAGCCCCUAUACACCCGCCCCCAGAACCAGCUACUACCACCACCGCCGCGACGACAACGACGACGACGAUGACUACUAAUACCUCACCACCACCACCCCAACCCGGCGCUCAACCACAUCCUCCACCACCAGCAACCCAAGAACCAACAGAGCCAUCUCCUUCCAACCCUCCACCACCCAAACCAGCCGAUAUCCCGCAACCACAAGCACAAGCACCGUUGGCGGCAAGUACCCAGUCUAACCCUACUACUACUACUGCUUCUCCUCCUACUCUUAUUACUGCUACUACAUCCACCUCUCCCCCAACUACCGCUUCACACCCAAAUCCCAGAUCUGGGUACAGCUACAGCUACUCCCCAUCGUCGUUAACACAACGACAUCCCAAUACGCACAUUCAAACGCAAACCGCGGUCCCGAAUUCAACGUCCACACCCUACGCAUCGCUCUACCAGCCGCCGACGAGUACAGCGAACAAUACAUCUCUCUCGGGCAAUCCGUCCCAGCUACCGCUGCACUAUACCUCUUCCAACACUGAAAUAGGGACCGGUGAAUCGGGAUUUCUUGACAAUGCCAAAGCGUGGUUCUGGAGCGCGGGGAAUAAGCUGGCGGAGGUUGAAGCUGAGGUUUGGCGGAGGAUUAAUGAAGCUCAUGAUAAGUAGAUUCGUACGGUGAUUUUGCUUUGCGGGGGGAAAUUGUUUUGUAUUUUCUAGGGUUCUAAUUGUGUUGGGCUUCUUUUGGUUCAUGGUUGUAUGAUGGAGGCUUCAGAGUGGGUUGGAAUGGAGUUGUUGCUUUGAUGGGAUUGGUUGGUAUUAGUUGUAUAUUUUUGUUCUGUCGCUUCAGUGUAUUCCAUGCGUUGAAAUCAUUGGUGGUUCUAUCAGGGUGUUUAAAAAAUGCAUUGGUUAUCGAUAGCACUAAAUUCUUAAAGAGCUGAAUUAUAGAGUGGCCAAUAAUACAGGACUACAAUGCGGAGCAAGGCUCU